AUGUCAUCAGAACGUCAAAAUACACAGUUCAGUCAAAAAGAAAGGCAAGAAAUCGAUACUCUCAAGCACACUAUGCAAGAUCCAGGCUCUUCCAGAUUGGAGCAACAGAUAGCUGAGGCAAAACUCGAUGCCCUCAAACAGUCUAAAGAGCCUGCACCGCAUAUGCACAAGCACCGCGUACACGGUGCUGAGGGAGAGGGUACUGAUGGAAGCAAUAUCUAUCACAAUGACGAGGCUUUCGAACGAUUCGCUAUGGGAGAAAGGGACAGUGCACCGACGGGCCCGAGAGCGAACCAACCUGCGGCAGAUCGCCAUAGCAUCAAAAUGAAUCACAAAGUCAGAGGGACUACCAAAGAGAAAGCAGAAAACAAUCUCCCUACUGAAGAACUCCAUGGCAAUGUACCUGUGGAGAGUGCGGGUGUAGCUUCUAACGUCCAAUUCUUGAAGAAUCGCACGAUGUCAGGCUACUCGAAGCAACAGCAAGUUGAUGAACUGGGGAAAUUUCUUGACAACUCGAGCUCAAAGUCGAAAGUACAGUUGCAAAAAACAGACAAUGCAAGGAAUGAGCAAGUCAAACCUGCGCAUAUCGGUCACUUGAAACACGUGCAGAACAUGGCAGAAAGCAUAGAAGAUUCCAUUUCCAACAAGGUUGAUAGAACCAGCAGCCAUACCUCCGCUAUCGCAGAAAAAAUAGAAGGCAGAAGAUCGCAAUUUCUUUCGCUUGGAGACCAUCUAGCAUAUGGAAUCAAGAUCGAGGGUAAAGAUGAAUCCAUGCUGAACGAGAUCGAGAGCACGGUGUCAGGAUCCACAGACGUCUGA